GCAGAGUAAAGGGUGACAGGGUCAGCUAUGCCGUUAAAACCGAGCAUGUCUUCUGCAACUUCAGGAUCGCAUACACAAGACGGCUACUUCCAUGCUGAUAGUCACAUGCUAUUUUGUACAGUUUUGUGAGAACAGAGAGUUUAACAAACAUAUGAAUGACAGAGAGGCCACCGGAAGUGCAAUUCAUUUCUCUUUUUCGGUUAUAAUAGCUUAUUAUGAUUCAAUGCUGGCGAAGCUACGGCGAUUCAUCGCCUGAUGAACAUUGUUUGCAGGCUGAGCUGCUGGUUUUAGGCUCUAUAUAUUUGGAACAUGAUGUGCUCCAAUAUUAAGUAAGGGGUGCUUCCUUCUGUUUAGAUAAUUAGAUAUGUGGUCCUUUUGUUCCUUCUGCUUUGUCUUCUUUUUAUCGUAUUAUCUUUUUACCUCAGAAAUUAGAUACUCAAAGGCAUAUGAAAAGAAAGAUAAGUUUGUAGAAAUUGGGGAAUUACAAAAAUUAGAUGAAUGGAUUGGAAAGUUUAGUACAGAGCUACUUGGUGCUUAUGAAUUUCAUAUCAAAAUUAACCAUGUCAAUUUUUUUGCCCAUAAAUUAUUAGAUAAAUGGCUCCAUCAUGACCAUGAUUUGGAUUCUGUCAUUCUGGUGAAAGCGGACCCAUUGAACUUGAUUUUUAAAAAGUUGGAUACAUGUUUUUUUGUUUGAUUUUAUAGAUAUGAUAUAAAUGAGGACUGUUUGCAACACCUUAUUGUUUAUGCUCGAUAGAUAUCAUCAGUGAUUUAGUAUAAGUCUAUGGUUAUAACAAUACACAUCAAAUGGAGGAGAAACUGUGAAGCUUAAAGAAACAGGACCUAAUCACUAAUCAGUAAAACUGAUACUUUACAAAUGAAUCCUUCCAGGUUCAUAGCAAACACAAAAAACACUCAAUUAAUAUCUUACACUUAUAGCUAUGCAGUAAAUUGUGAGGCAUGACACUUCCAAUAAACAAUAUCACAAAUCAAGUGUUGUUGUAUUAUGAUAUAUAAGCGCUAACGCCACAGGCUAUAUAUGAGCUAAAGUACAAUCGUAUCUUACUUUAGUAGGUCCGAAUAUUAUAUUUUGUUAAAAUGUUAUACUCACAUAUUAUGUUAAUAUGUUAUACAACUAUUUUUGUCUCUGCUCCUCCAUUCUGUGUUUGCCCACUAAAUUUAUACAAUGAAAUCCUUUGUUAUUCUUGUCCACUUAUCAUGUCAUGUUUUUUUCUUUAUAUAACGAAAGUUAAACUUACAUUGAUAUUUCAUCCUUUUUAUAUUUCCAUUUAAUGGCAGCCUUAUAACAGAUUCAAUAAUUGAAAGGGUCAUAUCCAGUAGGAAAAUGAGAACGAGCCAUUUUCCAAUCCUAUAAAGUGGUUCCCUCAUAAUAUUAUUGAUUUGGGUUGGAUCCAACAGGAAAAUGAGCACUAUAUGACCUGAUUCUAGAAGGUGAGAAACCUCUUCUCUAGGACCUGAUUCAUUUUUUUAACCACUUCAGGCUGAAAAGGAUUCAAUUGAAUAGGUAGGUGAAGAAAGUGAUAAAAGUGUAAGAAAAACAUGAGGUGUGGGGAUUUUUUCUUUAGGUCUUGGGCUACAAGUUUCUUGAGCAAUUUUUCUUGAGGUAAAGUGAGCAAGAGAAGAGGGUGAAAAGAAAAGAAAGGAGAGGAAUCUUGCUACAACGCUGAAAUCUUUUUGUUCAAAAUAACCGCUUUCCAUCUUAGUAUACCUCGGAUUUGUUCCUAAGCGCAUGUUCUUUUCCCAUUCAAGUAGUUCAAUUUUCAUCCUCAUGCACACAUAUGUGGUAAUCAAUAGAGAAAUUCUGAAUCUAAGUCUAAUAGUUGAUCAGUAACUUUAAUAUUGACUAUGUCUUAUGUACUCUGUUAAGUUCACUUCAUUUGACUUCUCA